GGAUGACGUCGUUUGCUCUGCGACAGAAACACCGUGUAGCAUGUAUGUAGCAGCAACCACAAGCGGCUUUGCUGGAUUUACCUGCAGUCUGCGAGAUUAAAACGAUAAUGCGAGGUUUACUGACGACUCUGUGAGUAGUAACGUUAAGGUGUCAGCAGAACAGAGACGGCUGCAGUGUGUCGAUGACGAUGUGAGAGCCAGCCGCGUCUCGGCGGUGUCGUGGAGAGCUGUGCAUGUCCCGACUGCAGGAGGUGGAGGAGGGCAGCAGCUGUCGGUGUCCGGGAUGGAGACCUGGACCCCCAAUCCCCGAGCCAAGCCGUUCAUCCCCCGCCAACAAAGGAGCUUGUACCUCACCUGGAAAUACAAACUAACCAACAAGAGGGCGAUUCGUCGGUUCUGCCAGGCCGGUGCUGUGCUGUUUCUACUGAUAACUGUCAUAGUCAACAUUAAACUCAUCUUAGACACGAGAAGAGUAGCUAAUGAAGAUGCAGCAGCUCAAGAAUACGAGGAUGCAAUACCCAACAUGGAGACACCACGCAGGCCGGCUAAUGGACGCAAGGUCCUGGACAUUGAGGUGUACUCCAGCCGCUCCAAGGUCUACGUGGCAGUGGACGGCACCACUGUGCUGGAGGAUGACAUGCGGGAGCAGGGCAGAGGCAUCCACGUGAUAGUUCUCAACCAGGCAACGGGUCAUGUGAUGGCCAAGAGGAUUUUUGACACCUACUCUCCCCAUGAGGACGAAGCCAUGAUCCUCUUCCUCAACAUGGUGACCAGGGGUCGAGUUCUCAUCUUCACCAUAAAGGACGAGGGUACGUUCCACCUGAAGGAUGCUGCGAAGAACCUGCUGAAGAGUCUGGGCAGCCAGGUGUCCCUCAACCUCAGCUGGAGGGACAUGUGGACUCUGGUGGUGAAGAAAGGAGGUCAGUUGUACGGAGAAAAGCACUCAAAGUCUCCAGCUCUGUCCACCUGGGGAGACCCGGUGCUGCUGAAGACUGAGGUGCAGCUCACUGCCUCUGAAGAGGCAGAGUGUCACUGGGCAGACACCGAGCUGAACAGGAGGAGGAAGAUCUUCUGCAGCAAAGUGGAAGGAUACGGCAGCAUCUGCAGCUGCAAAGACCCGGCGCCCAUAGAGUUCAACCCUGACCCUCUGCCAGUCAAUAAUGUCUUUAAUGUCCCAGUGGCCGUCAUAGCAGGGAACAGACCGAACUAUCUGUACAGGAUGCUAAGGUCACUUCUUUCAGCUCAUGGCGUCAACCCGCAGAUGAUCACGGUCUUCAUUGAUGGAUAUUAUGAGGAGCCUAUGGAUGUCGUAGAGCUGUUUGGACUGAAGGGAGUCCAGCACACACCCAUCAGCAUCAAGAAUGCCAGAGUGUCCCAGCACUACAAGGCGAGUCUGACUGCAACAUUCAACCUUCACCCAGAUUCCAACUUCGCAAUUGUCCUAGAAGAAGACCUGGAUAUCUCCAUUGACUUCUUCAGUUUUCUGAGUCAGACCACCCACCUGUUGGAUGAGGAUGACAGCCUGUACUGUAUCUCUGCCUGGAACGACCAGGGCUAUGAGCACACAGCGGAGGACCCCGCCCUGCUGUACAGAGUGGAGAGUAUGCCCGGCCUGGGCUGGGUGCUGAAGAAGAGCAUCUACAAGGACGAGCUGGAGCCAAAAUGGCCGACACCUGAGAAGCUGUGGGACUGGGACAUGUGGAUGCGAAUGCCGGAGCAGAGGAAAGGCAGAGAGUGCAUCAUUCCCGACGUGUCCCGCUCUUAUCACUUCGGCAUCAUCGGCCUCAACAUGAACGGCUAUUUCCAUGAGGUAUAUUUCAAGAAACACAAGUUCAACACUGUUCCCAAUGUGCAGCUGAAGAAUGUUGACAGCUUAAAGAAAGAUGCUUAUGAAGUGGAGAUCCAAAGCCUGCUGAAGGAGGCAGAGGUACUGGACCACACUAAGAACCCGUGUGAGGACUCGUUCCUUCCAGAUUCGGAGGGGAAGACCUACGUCAUGUUCAUUAAAAUGGAGACAGAGACGGACACAUCCACCUGGACGGAGCUCGCCAAGUGCCUCCACGUUUGGGACCUGGACGUUCGGGGAUACCACAGAGGCCUGUGGCGACUCUUCAGAAAAAGGAAUCAUGUCCUUGUGGUAGCCGUGCCAAUCUCUCCAUACUCUGUGAAGAAACCAGCCAGUGUCACUCCCAUUCACUUAGAGCCUCCGCCCAAAGAAGAAGGAGCACCGGUGGAGCAGCUGUAGACCUGAUGUUACACACACACACACACACACACACACACACACACACACACACACACACACACACACACACACACUACAACCAGCCCAGGCCUUAACUCUUCUUCUUCUCUCUCCAUCAACAACCACUAAUAAUCCAGCCUGGGACUCACAACUGCAAACUGACAUUUCCUAGAUGUUGAACUUGAGUAUGAGGGGAUACUUGGGGAAAUGAAGUCCUGAUUUCUUUUCCUUUUUUUUAUUAUUAAAACAAGAGAGGGACUAACACUACAGACUGCACUACUAAAUCCGUCCAUCAGCUUGAGGAGUGACGGAGAAGCUAAAUCCAGUUUCGGUUAAACGUGACAAACUAAACGGUGAAUGACUGUCAACAGCUUUUCUGGUUCAUUUCAAUUCAAUCUGUGACUUUUCAGCCAGAAUGGUACAAAUGACUCAAACACACACUCAGCAGAAUUUAGCCACUUUUCCUCUUGGUUUGUUGUGUGUUUUUUAUAACUACUGAGUGCUUUGACCAUUUUGUACAUACGUUUUAACUUAUCUCUAUUUAUUUUACAUCUAUCAAUCAAAAAUGAUUUUAGGGGUUUGUUUGCAUUUUUAAUUUUUAAAAAAAGAUCCACUUUUAUCAAGUUAAAUGCAUUUUUUUAAGAGCCUAACGUUUACAGAUAAUGAAAUAAUAAUGUAUAUACAUGUCUAUAUAUAUUUUUUGAUGAAAAACGGUCAGCAUAUUUUUCAGCAUCAGAUCUAAGUUUGUGUGAAAGAGUUGAUAACAGCCCUGUGGGUUUUUACUAUUGUGACUGCUUGGGUCAGUUGCCUCCGAUGGGGUUUCAUUAGGGAAACACAUUUGGUGGCUGAAAGAGACAAAACUGAGACAAUAUUCACAGAUUUAGCAACAUACACCCGACUUCACUAGGUGGAGUCUUUGCAGUGCUUCUUGCAUUUAGACCACAUACACAGAACUGAAAUGUACGUCCUUUUUUUUAAAUGAGGAAAAAAUUGUAUUUAGAAACUGCUUGUAUUCCCGAAAGUUAGGUUCAAGAAAAAAUAUUGUUGGUGCCAAAAGUCCGUCAUCAGCAAUAGGAAAUUGGAAAUUUCCAAAUGCUACCCAGCCCUAGAAAAUAAAUUAUAAAAAUGUAGAAUUUUUGUUGCAUUUCUUCGCUUCAUUAUUUUCUUUUUGUUUUAGAAAUGCUGCCUUUUUAUUCUGCCAGUUGCAUGUUCCUGAAUGCAGCGUAUGUGUGAAAUCUGUGAAAAAUUUGCUUAUUCUCUCUGUGUGCAGAGGUUUGACCUCCCUCAGCCACCAUAGCAGCUGGAGGCUGGUUAUUUGCCUUAUUGUUUUUUUUCAUUGUGACCUUCAUCUGUGGUGGAAAUGUUGGGAUGUUUGUUCUGAAAUGUCAUCGGCCAGUUGUCACCAACCAAAUUGAUUCUCCAAGAUGUGACAGUUAAAAUCUUUAGAUGGAGGCUCAGCGUGAUCGUGGUCGCUGCUUUUGUUUUAGUUCCGUUAUUUCAAAAUCAACAUAAAUAUCUUGUUUUUUUUCGUCUGAGUUAAGUUAUUUUUGUCAUUCUUAUAUUAAACUUUAAAUAUUAUUUAACCAUUCUUAUCUGGAGAUGAGAGAUUCAAAAUCAUAAUUUAUCCAGAUCUCUUAAUUAUGAGAUACUAAGUUACAUCUUCAACAUUUUCUUUGUAUAACGCAGAAUGUUUUUAAUGAGUAUUUGUGUGUUCAGAAGACUACAUAUUUACCAUUUGAGAGUACCACUUAUCAGCAGUAUUACAGCCCGUGUCGUGACUGAAUUAAUCUCCAUUUGUGUCCUGGAAAUUUCAGACUCUGCCUGCUGUUUAAGCUACUUUUUCAUUUCGCUCUAAUUUUAUGUACAUGUGUGCUUCUCUUUGUUUAAUCGAGAGGUUAAAACAAAAUCAUUGUCUCCCCAGAAAUACAGCUAAUUUUGUUAAAAUGCUGUGAGAUCAUUUGGAAAAUACUGGGAGGUACGCUGAAUGUGUGACAAUGAGGAUCCGUGGACAUAAUGUUAGUUUCUGAUGCGGUUUGACAUGUAUAAGUUCCUUUUUAUCUUUUGUCAUGGAAAUGAAUAAAGAUGUUUUUUACUGAGGA